CCCGGCAGCGCGGCGCCCGCCCUCCGCAGCCCGAGCGUCUACGCCUGAGGCAGCGGCUGAGGCGGCGGCCGCGCUCGCGGUCCUGGUGGCGGUCACUGCUGUCGGCCAGCUCUCGUCCCGGGCUAGCGGAGCGGCCGUGCAGCCCCUCGGACCGGCGGGCGAUGGCGCGGCGGCGGGCGUGAAGGAGGAUGGAAGGGCAGGACGAGGUGUCGGCGCGGGAGCAGCACUUCCACAGCCAAGUGCGGGAGUCCACGAUAUGCUUCCUUCUUUUUGCCAUUCUCUACAUCGUUUCCUAUUUCAUCAUCACAAGAUACAAGAGAAAAUCAGAUGAACAAGAAGAUGAAGAUGCCGUAGUCAACAGGAUUUCGUUGUUUCUGAGCACGUUCACUCUAGCGGUUUCAGCUGGGGCUGUCUUGCUUUUACCCUUCUCAAUAAUCAGCAAUGAAAUCCUGCUUUCUUUUCCUCACAGCUACUAUAUUCAGUGGCUGAAUGGUUCCCUGAUUCAUGGUCUGUGGAACCUCGCUUCCCUCUUCUCCAACCUGUGCUUGUUCGUGUUGAUGCCCUUUGCGUUCUUCUUCCUGGAGUCCGAAGGCUUCGCUGGCUUGAAGAAGGGAAUCCGAGCCCGGAUUUUAGAGACCCUAGUCAUGCUUAUCCUUCUCGCAUUACUGAUUUUUGGGAUAGUGUGGGUGGCCUCCGCGCUCAUCGACAAUGACGCUGCGAGCAUGGAGUCCUUGUACGAUCUCUGGGAGUUCUACCUACCCUAUUUAUAUUCCUGUAUCUCACUGAUGGGAUGUUUGUUACUUCUCUUGUGCACCCCAGUCGGCCUUUCGCGCAUGUUCACGGUCAUGGGUCAGCUGCUGGUGAAGCCCACGAUUCUUGAAGACCUGGAUGAACAAAUUUAUAUUAUUACCCUAGAGGAAGAAGCCCUUCAGAGACGACUCAUUGGAGUGUCUUCAUCAGUGGAAUACAACGUGAUGGAGUUGGAAAAAGAACUUGAAAAUGUAAAGGUUCUUAAGACAAAAUUAGAGAGGCGGAAAAAGGCAUCAGCAUGGGAAAGAAAUUUGGUGUAUCCUGCUGUUAUGGUUCUCCUUCUUAUUGAGACAUCCAUCUCGGUCCUGUUGGUGGCUUGUAAUAUUCUCUGCCUGUUGGUCGAUGAAACAGCAAUGCCAAAGGGAACAAGGGGCCCUGGAAUAGGAAAUGCUUCUCUUUCUGCUUUUGGAUUUGUGGGAGCUGCUCUUGAAAUCAUUUUGAUUUUCUAUCUCAUGGCGUCCUCUGUGGUCGGUUUCUAUAGCCUCCGAGUUUUUGGAGACUUUAUUCCCAAGAAGGAUGACACAACCAUGACAAAGAUCAUUGGGAACUGUGUGUCAAUCUUGGUCCUGAGCUCUGCUCUGCCUGUGAUGUCAAGAACACUGGGAAUCACUAGAUUUGAUCUCCUUGGAGACUUUGGAAGGUUUAACUGGCUGGGAAAUUUCUAUAUUGUCUUGUCCUAUAAUUUGCUUUUCGCCGUUGGGACAACACUGUGUCUGGUCAGAAAAUUCACGUCUGCCGUCCGAGAAGAGCUGUUCAAGGCCUUAGGGCUUCAUAAGCUCCACUUAUCACAUACUUCAGGGGAUGCAGGAACAAGCAAGCCUUCUGCAAAUGGGCAUCAGAAAGCGCUGUGAGACACAGCACCGCCUGCAGCUGGGCUCCCGCGCCCCAGGCAUGCGGCAGCCAGGCCACAGUCGGCCGGACCCGUCGCUGUCCUCUUCCCAGAGUUUCCCGAGCGCUCACCCUGUGCUGGCGCAGGGCCCUGUGCUGUCCAGCCGCAUGCGGGCACCUUCGGCGGCACGCUCCUCUGUGCACGUUUGCUCCCACCCGCCAGGAGGACGCCAGAAAGGCCAGCGUCAGGCUUUCUAAGGAUUCACUGGAAGCGACAGCCUGUUAUUCAGAACCUAGAAGCCUGCGUGCGAGGCGUCCCUUGGUGCUGGGGUGCGAGGGAAGGCGCUGCAGAGCAUGAGGCUUACUGACGUCCUCAUUGCAGGCGCGUUCGAACUGUGAGGGUCACAAAUCACGUUUUUACUUCCUUAAAGAAAAGCACAAGGCAUAGUUCUAUUUGUGUUGCGGAGCGAUGCUGAGUGGACUUUGAGUCUUGGGAAGACAGGAAAUGCCUUGAAGCCUGUGCCUGGGUAGAGUCCACGGGAAUGCAGUCUGAGCAGGAGCCGGCAUCUCCUCUCCCAGCCGCACUGCUGAGGUGGGACCUAGACUGUGCCCAGGCACAGGCACUCGCAGUUCUCAGCCUUUUCUCAGAAUCCCUUGAUUCCUUCUGCCUCUGCGUCCCCUCUGAGACCACACACACUCUGUGGUAGAAUCCCUUACCCCACGCCAUUCUGCAGCUGGGGUCACUAUUAUAUACGCCAGUUUAACCCAGACCAUGAAGGUCACCAGUUUAAUACCCAGACACACAGCACCAGCAUUCCUGGUGCAAGAAUCGUUUUGCAGUGAUCAAUCACUUAUCAAGGUGUAAAUAAUCCUGGGGUGGUUUCUGGACUUUAAGUCCACUGAAUAAAAACUAUAAGAUGACCAUCCUGUGGCAGAGUACCGAAAAUUGUGCACACGGAACAUGAGAUGGGCUGUUUGCACACAUUUGUAGUCAUCCCAUCUCUGUAAAUACAUGUCCACAUGCACUGUGUUACAUGCACGAUGUGUCAUAUGAUCCACGUGUGUGGCAAUUGAUAGUCUGUGUUCAGACGAGUGAAACAACAUUUUUCUCAAAUUGUUGAAUUUAAAGCCUUUUUGGGAGGGAGAUAUUUAUGAAAGACGGGCUGCAUUACUUGAUGUCCAAAAUUUCCACUUAGAGCCAAAAUAAUAAGAAAAAUGAAUCGUAUAUUUGUAAGCUCCAUUGAGUAUGCGUGUCCUUUGUUUAUGCCUCUGCCUUUCCUUCUGAGCUUCUCUUGUUAAAAUGCAGCUUCGUUUUUAAAAAAGAACAUUUUAUGAUUGUACACAGCACCCGGUAAAUACCACUAGUCCUCGUGUUGGGGACUGUUCCAGCAUCGAGUCCACACACUGAGAACCUAAACAAAGCCGGCUGUUUUCUGGUUUCAUGGGCACUUGCCCCUCUGUAAGCAUUAGCUGCAAGCUCUGUGUCUCACUGAGACUUGCCUGCCGUCCAUGCUGUGAGCAGACCAGGUCAGGGAGGAAGUGGAAGAGACUUCUUCAAAUACAACAAUAUCACUUUUAAGUUACACCGAUUUCAGGGCAUGUCCAGAGGAAGUGUUCCUGGGUAUUUGUAAGAUGUCUGAACUUUUCUGAGUAAAGUAUUAAACUUUUCAA